AUGAUUCGUGAAGACGAUCCCCAAUUUCGGAUAACACCUGUCCAACAAAUGGCAUCGGCAUGUUCCGGUGCCCUGAUAACCUCGCUCUUUAUGACACCAUUAGAUGUAGUGAAAAUAAGAUUACAAGCUCAACAAAAAGCACUACUUUCUAACAAAUGUUAUUUAUAUUGUAAUGGACUUAUGGAACAUUUAUGUCCUUGUGGUGAAGCAGCAUGGAUACCACGACGUGUUCAUUUCCACGGAACAAUGGAUGCUUUCUACAAAAUAUCAAAAAUAGAAGGUGUUACUGCAUUAUGGUCUGGCUUGAGUCCUACUCUAGCUUUAGCUCUUCCUUGUACUGUUAUCUAUUUUGUGUCAUAUGAACAGCUAAGAUACAAAAUGAAAACGACAUACAAUACAAUAACUGGAAACAUGGGCCAACCAAUGUGGAUACCAUUAAUUGCCGGUGCAACUGCUAGAAUGACUGCUGUAACACUUGUUAGCCCAGUAGAACUUAUUAGGACCAAAAUGCAAUCUCAGAAAUUAACUUAUUCAGAGAUAUCUAUAGCUUUACAACAAGUUUUAAAAUAUGAAGGAUUUAAAGGACUGUUUCGAGGACUUAGCUCAACACUCUUGAGAGAUGUGCCAUUUUCAGGUAUUUAUUGGACAACAUAUGAAAAAACUAAGAGAAUUUUUGAUAAACCUGACUCAGAAAAAAAUACAUUUCUAUUUAAUUUUUUCUGUGGUUCAGUUGCUGGAAGUGUGGCAGCUUUUGUAACUCUACCAUUUGAUGUAAUUAAAACACACCAGCAAAUUGAAUUAGGUGAAAAAGAAAUCUAUACUGAUGGAAAAACACGACAAAGAGCAUCAAACAUGAAUGAUAUAGCCAAGACUAUUUAUAGGAAUCAUGGUAUCAAAGGUUUAUUUACUGGUUUCCUACCUCGUAUAUUCAAAGUAGCGCCAGCUUGUGCUAUUAUGAUUGCAACAUUUGAAUAUGGAAAACAAUUCUUCCAGAAGUACAACUCCCAGCAAUAUAAGGAAAUGAUGCAACGACAUCACAAGGAUAUAAUAAUAGUGAGUCAAAGUUCAGGUGGAAAUGAUUACUCUUAG